AACCCUUAAUUGCUCGAUAACGGGCUGUGCUGCAUUGUCGUACUUUCUUCAGGAUUUCCGACAGAAUUUUAAUAUAAUUCUUAGUCGUUUUGAGAAAAAACAACUCAGCAUGGAGAUACCUGUAGUGGAUUUUAAUGUCUACGAACUGGGAAAGACCAAUGUAGCAGUUCACAACUUGGAGAAGUUGAGUAACGGACUAAGAAGAGCUUUUACCGAGGUGGGAUUUGUUUAUCUGAAAAACACGGGCAUAAAUCAAGACGAGGUGGACAAAGUCAUGGGGGUUUCAAAAAAGUUCUUUAGUUUGCCAGAAAGCAUGAAGAAACCUUUCAGCAGAGGCCGUUUCUCCUGUAAUGGAAACCACGGAUGGAUUUCGGUAGAAACGGAAAGUUUGAACCCUCGACGUCCUGGUGAUUUGAAGGAGGCGUUUAAUACAGCAUCCUUGAGCUCGGAAAUCAAUUGGCCUUCAGAAGGAGUUGAUGAUUUUCAAGAUGUCCAAGUAUCAUUUUUCCUGCGCUGUAAGGAACUCUCUCUCAGAGUGCUCCGACUAAUGGCUCUUGGUGUGGGGCUGGAAGCAGAGGUCUUUCUCAGCGCACAUAAGCUUAUUGGAAGUGAUGUGAAUGGAACAACACUACGGGCUCUGUACUAUCCUCCGGUGAACAGCACGAAUGUGAAGGAAAAUCAGAUGCGCUGUGGUGAACACUCUGAUUAUGGUAGUAUCACUUUGGUCUUCCAAAGCCCAGAGGGUGGACUGCAGGUCCUGAACCGGGCUGGUGAGUACAUUUCAGCCCCCAGCAUUCCUGGAACAGUUCUGGUUAACAUAGCAGACUUGAUGCAAAGAUGGACCAGCGAUGUCUAUGUCUCUGCCGUUCAUAGGGUUUUGUUGCCCCCUGCAGGUGACUCUGGCACACGCCAGUCCUUGGCCUUCUUCGUACAACCGGAUGAUGAAGCCAUCAUUUCAUGCUGCGAUGGAUCAGAUAAAUAUCCUCCUGUGAAGUCAGCUGAUUACCUUCUAUCAAGGUUCAAGGAUUCUUACGGCAAAAAGUGAAAUGUUAUGAUUUAGUAUGUUAGUGAUAAUGAUCAGAGCACACAAUUGGCGAAGCUAAGAUAAUUUAAUACAUUGUAGAGAAACAUAAAGCAUAGUCAUUUACUCUUGAAAUCACAAAGGAUAUUCAAACAAACCAAAAAAAAAACCAAAAAACAAUCCAUACAAUUUUUAUGCUUAAUUAGAUUUCAGUAUGAUUUAUACAUUUAUACAUUGUUUACAGUAGAACACUCGUUGAAAA